CAAAAAAAGAAAUCCUAAAUUCAAUUUCUAGAAAUCCUCAAAAUCCUGACCCUUUGUUUUAUAUAAACUAGAAACUGUUGCAACAUAAAUAUACUAUAUAAGUAUACAUAUAUUAAUGGAAAUAUAAAAAGCCCAAUACUCGACGUAAAAAUUAGAUAAAAUAGGAAAAUAGUAACAACUUUUCAAUUGAUAAGACAGUGAGAAAACUAGCGAAAGCCAAUCGGUUCAACAUGUUGGCGUUUAUAAAACGUAAAUUAUCUGAAUCUGAUUCCACAUCAAAUUCAAACAGCACAACAACGGAAAGUGUUUUGGUGCGCAAAACAUCACAGAUGUCUUUGGGAUCGUCAUCUGGCGAAGAUGCCGCUGUGGAUAUUGGUGAAGAUGCUUUGCUAAAAGAAUUGGGUUAUAAGAAUGCCAAUGAUUUACAGGAGACAGUUUAUGAUUGCUUAAGAACCAUACGAGAUCCAGAGAAACCUGCAACAUUGGAAGACUUGAAUGUGAUCUAUGAAGAUGGGAUUUUCGUUAUGCCUUCAACAAAAUCUAAUGUAUCAGUUGUUCGCAUAGAAUUUAAUCCUACUGUCCCGCAUUGUUCCUUGGCCACACUGAUAGGCCUGUGUAUACGUGUCAAAGUUGAAAGAAGCCUGGCGCAUAACAUCAAAUUGGACAUAUUUAUCAAAAAAGGCACCCACAACACGGAAGAAGAAAUAAAUAAACAAAUCAAUGACAAAGAAAGAAUAGCCGCAGCCAUGGAAAAUCCCAAUUUAAGAGAAUUGGUGGAGAAUUGUAUAAAGGAUGAAGAGUGAUGGUGCAGUAAUUGGUGCAACCUCUAUGCUUAGGGGACUAGGAUAUAUUGUAAUCUUUGUGGCACCUCAAAGAGUACCAACAAGAUUAAGUUACUGUUUAUUAUCUUAAUGGGACUACGUACGGCAAGCGUUAUGUUUCCCUUACAUAUUUAUACCAUUUUUGUUUUCUACAUACAUAUUAUGAUUGAUAUGGUCUGGUAAAAAAAAAAUAAUAAUUUAUAUUGUGUUUUUGUGAUAGAGCAUUGAGUGAGACGUCACAAAAGAACGUGUGCACAUCCGUAUUAAGGCGGUGAAUGAUGAUGGUCAGUGCUUUCGAUUCAAUAUGGCCGCCAUACGUAUUUGGUUGCUUUGAUUUUAUUUUGUGAAUGAAUUUCUCUUAUCGCAAAUAUUGUUUAGAAUAGAUAGGUAGUAAGUAUUUGUAAAUUGGUGAUAACACAAAUAAACAUUGCAAUGUUUUCUUAAA